UUUCAAUGUGAUGAAAAGCACUCACCUAUCUCAACUCUCAAGGGGCCAUCUUUGUAGGCCUGGUAGCUAGUGUAAUGAGAGGUCAGAUAUCUUGAGAAUGAAGGCACAGACCAUUUUGAAGACAAGAAUGGUUAAUAUCAUUGGACCAACAAACCUACUAGUAUUUCAAAAGAGAAAAUCACUGACUUUGGAACACAUAAACCUCCCAGGAUCACAACCCGAACUUUCUAAACAAAAUCUUGAUGUUUUCUCUUUAAAAAACCUUCCAACGCCACUAUCAGAUUGGUCAUAUCACAUAAGGAACUAUGUAUCCCAAAAGAAGUAUGAAGAAGCCAUUUUGCUCUAUGCCCGAAACCGCUUUACAAGAAACUUAGUAUUAGGUGCCGUACCCCUUGUGCUAAAGGCUUGUGCCUCACUCUCUAAUACUGUUCUUGGCAAUGCAUUACAUGGUGAUUGUAUAAAGUCUGGAGUGGAAUUGGAUGUAAUCGUGGGUACUGCAUUGGUUGACAUGUAUUGCAAAUGUGGCAACAUUGUGAGUUCGCGCCAGAUGUUUGAUGAUAUGCCUAAGAGAAACGCUAUCACAUGGAAUGCAAUGAUAGGUGGGUAUAUGAAGAACGGGGAUACAACAUCUGCAUCCAUUCUGUUUGAGACUAUGCCCGAGAGAACUUCCGUAACAUGGAACGAAAUGAUCCAUGGCUAUGGGAGAAACAGGGACAUAGCGAUGGCAAAGAUGUUUUUUGAUAAGGUACCAAAUGAGUUGAGAAAUGUGGUGACAUGGACUGUGAUGGUUGAUGGUUACGCUAGCAGUGGGGAGAUGGAUGCUGCAAGGGAAGUGUUUGAGGUGAUGCCGAGAAGGAACUUUUAUGUCUGGUCAUUGAUGAUAUCAGGGUAUUUCAAGGCGGGUGAAGUUAAGAGUGCUAAAGAUAUUUUUGAGAGGAUGACAUCAAAGAAUUUGGUGAUUUGGAAUUCACUGAUUUCUGGAUAUACACAAAAUGGGUUGUACAAGGAAGCUUUAGGAACAUUUAAAAGGUUGCAAGAUGAAGGGUUCGAGCCAGAUGAGGUUACAGUAGUCAGUGCUUUAUCAGCUUCUGCUCAGCUGGCUUUACUGGAUGUUGGCAAAGAAAUACACGAGAUGAUAAUUCAAAAAGGUGUUAAUGUGAACUGUUUUGUGCUGAAUGGGUUGAUUGACAUGUAUGCCAAGUGUGGUGAUUUAAGGAAUGCCAGAUUGAUCUUUGAAGGAAUGCUACAUAAAAAUGACACUGCUUGGAAUUCUAUGAUAUGUGCCUUGGCCGUUCAUGGAGAACAUAAGGAGGCUAUCGAUUUUUUCUCAAGAAUGGUGAACUCUUCUGGUGUGAUUCCUAACGAGAUUACAUUCCUCUCAGUGCUGUCUGCGUGUGCACACGGUGGGUGUGUACAUGAGGGUAUGUCAAUUUUCAAUAUGAUGGAGAAGAAUUAUGGGUUAAUGGCAAACAUUAGGCACUAUGGUUGUUUGGUUGAUCUUUUAGGAAGAGCCGGGAAAUUAGAUGAAGCUCUUGAUUUGAUCAAACAGAUGCCUAUAAAUCCGAAUGACACAGUUUUUGGAUCUCUGCUUGGAGCAUGCCGAAUUCACUGCAACAUGGAUAUAGCAGAACGUGUGCUUGAGGAGGUUGAGAAGCUGAACUCUAGCAGUCGCUCUUGUGAUGGUGGUCAUUAUGUGUUGCUGUCCAACAUUUAUGCUGCCUCUGAUCGGUGGGAGAAAGCUGAGCAUACAAGGUUGUCUCUAUCCAAUAAAGGGUCCGAAAAGAUUCCUGGGUGCAGUUCCGUCAUGCUUAAAAUCCCUAACUAGAGUAUAUAAUUUGAGUUUUAUCACUUUUCUGGCUUCUAAAAUUCUUCUCUCAGGUGAUGGUAGACUGGGACGUAGCCAUGACUAUAUGUGCAUGCGUCGGAACUUAUUUUAGUACAGUGUUACCUUUCUACAUUUGGACCAGCUAACAAUUUGGUUCCAACUUAACUUUCAACAAUGGGACACAAAGUUCAACUCAAAUGCUUUCCACACAUACUACACCGUAGAACAUCUCAUGACUUAUCCUUUCCUCUAGUCUCCUUCAUAUUCGUCAAGCUAUUCACCGAUCUUCAAUAACCUUUCAUAUCCUCCUAUAUCCAGCAGGAUGGAAAAUCAAGAAGAUGGACCAGAGCAUUAGUGUAGUGAAAAUAUCUUGCACAUCUUCUCAAGAAGUCCACUUAACACGGCAUCAAGAAGUCCAUGGACCAGUUUUCCAGGGUUGCAGAGCUUGAAGAACCAGCAUCUUUGGGCAACAAAUUGCUAGAGGGCUUUCAGCUAGGACUUGAAUAUGUUCUAAGAUCUCUGACUGAAGAAAUUGACAUGGUAGAAUGCAUAUCAUCAUUACCCCAGUGCCGCAAAGGCUCCCCCAUCUACGAUGGGGUAAGGGGGGCUCGGAUGUACGCAGUUUUACCCCUGUACUAAAGCACCGAGAGACUGUUUCCGGAUGACCCAUAGUGAAAUUCGCGUAGAGAAUUGCAUACACUGACUACUCCUCCAUAAUAAAGAAGCGUAGACAGUUUAGUGAGCCUUUUUGCUUUAUUCCAUCAUAUUCUCAAGCCAAAAAAUAGUGAGUCUUUGGCUCCAUUGAAAAUGAUGGAAAUACAUGGUAGAAUGCAUAUUUGAAUAAAAUAAUGAAACCAAGAGGAUGCGAUCCGGAUAUCGAAGUUUGAUUCAAGGAUACCAAUGACAGUAUUCAGAGUUAAAACAAGUGUAAGUGUCUUGUGCUCAUAUUCAUGUGCAAACCACAUAAUGUGAUGGAAUUCAAGAUUGGGUUGAGGUCAUUUAACUCGGUCAUAUCAGAAUCAGGACAAACCACACCAAAGAAAAGAUUAAGUCCAAUUGAUUAGCUAAUCUUACCCAAGACCCUACAAGUCAUUCUCCCUUUGAUAUUUAGAUGUGGCACUCUAACACAAUACAUCCAUUUUUAAUACCCUGUCAUCAUAAAAAAAUUGUUUUCUGUUUGCAGGAGUGCAUGUGUGCCACCGUGGACUUCAGAAUCAUAAGUCAAAAGUUCUAGGAGAAGAUGACCAACUGCUUAGUACAAGAAGAAAGAGGAGAGAAGGAGAGGAAUAAGAGAAGUAGAGGAAAUAAAGAAGGAGAAGAGAUGGAGAAGAAGAGGAGGAGCAGAAGAAUGGACUGUUUGUAACUUGUUAGUAGUCUGAAGUAGUAUGAAAACUUCUGUGUGCAGAAAUAUGCAAACAUUUUAACAAUAGCUAGUUCAGUUUAAUUUUAUUUUAGUUUAACAAUAUGCAGAAUGGACUAGAACCGCAUACUGGAAUAUAUCUGUUGCGGUUUUUCAAAAUUAGAGAAUGAAUUGCUUGAUUUCAGUCCCAA